AUGGAUACUUACGGAAUCAUCAUAGCAAUGAUUCAGGUAUUUCAGAUAGUCAUAGGCGUCAUCGGGAAUUUCUCACUCAUCAUUCAUUACAUUUGCCUGUACUUUCAUGGAUUCAAGUCACAGUCCACAGACUUAACUCUCAGAGACCUGACUGUGGCUAAUUCCUUGGUGAUUCUCUCCAAAGGAGUCCCCCAGACAAUUGCAGCAUUCGGAUGGAAAGACUUCCUCAAUGAUCGGGAAUGCCAAGUUGUUUUAUACAUUCACCGAGUGGCCAGGGGGGUGUCCAUUGGCAGCACCUGCCUGUUGAGUGUCUUCCAAGCCAUCACUAUCAACCCCAGGAACUCCAGAUGGGCAUACAGUAAGAUAAAAGCCCAAAAUUACAUUGGUCUCUCCAACAAACUCUUAUGGGUACUACAGGUGUUGGUCAAUGCCAGUUUCCCUAUUUAUAUGACUGUGAAAAAUAGCAACAAAACCAUAACAAAGAAAAAUAAUUUUGGAUUAUGUUCUGUGCCAUGUAAUGACAAUAAUACCUUCACACUCUUUAUUGUGUUGAUAUCCUCCUAUGAUAUUUUGUGUAUAGUAAUUAUGUCCUGGGCCAGUGGCUUCAUGCUUUCCAUCCUGUACAGACACAAGCAGCAGGUCAGACACAUUUAUAGCAACAACCUCUCACACAGAUCCUCCCCCGAGACCAGAGCUUCCCAAAGCAUCCUUCUCCUGGUGAGCACUUUUGUAUUCUUUUAUGGAUUUUCUUCCAUUAUUUAUGUCUAUUUGGCUCUUGUGGAAAACUACAGUUCGUGGCUGGUUGAUCUGUCUAAAUUAAUAACUGCGUGUUUCCCAACAAUCAGCCCCUUUAUUCUCAUGAGCAGCAAUGCCCACGUGAUGAAACUAUGUUGUGUUUGUUGUGCAAGGAAUGUGCAAUUUCCGCCUCUUGUAUGA